GCUCAGCUCAGUCCAGUCUUCUCCUGCUCGAGCGAGGAGCCUGCUGGUGAUCGGACUGUCUCCUGGAGCUAAGAGGCCAAACCCAUUCAAUUACAGCCAGGUCGCUCUCUCCGAAGCUCCAGUUAGUCGGCUGAGGGAGACGAGGGGGAGAGAACCAGAGGAAGAAGAGGAAUAGGGAUGGCUAUGACCGACAUUGUAGAGGGUGACCUGGAUGAGAGGAUGCGUGAGGAGGCGGAGGAUGUGUUCCAGGACGACGGUGUGGCGUCCCAACUCCCAGAGAUCAUGGCGGCCGGCACCCAUUCCCCCGGUGGGCCCAAUGGCAUAAUCCGGAGUCAGUCCUUCGCCGGCUUCAGCACGCUACAAGAACGGCGUUCACGGUGUAACUCCUUCAUGGGGAACUCCGCUGUGCAGAAGAAGCCUCAGUCCAAACCCAAGAAGCCUCACCUGUCAGGACACAAGGGAGGCAGCAGCUCCAGAGAGCCGCAGCCCAAAAGACUGGAGGAGGUUUACACUGCACUCAAACAAGGCCUGGAUGAGUAUCUGGAAGUUCAUCAAACAGAGCUGGACAAACUCAUGUCUCUGAUGAAGGACAUGAAGAGGAACUCUCGCCUGGGAGUGCUGUACGAUCUUGACAAGCAAAUCAAAACCAUUGAGAGAUACAUGAGACGUCUGGAGUUUCACAUGAGCAAGGUGGACGAGCUGUACGAGGCGUUCUGCAUCCAGAGCCGUCUGAGGGAAGGUGCCAGCCGGAUGAAGCAGGCCUUCUCCUCCUCUCCCUCCACUAAAGGCACCAAGGAGAGCAUCGCCGAGGUCAACCGUCGCUACAAGGAAUACACCGAGAACAUGAGCACGUUUGAGAGUGAACUGGAGAACCUGCUUGGGGAGUUUCACAUCAAAAUGAAAGGAUUGGCUGGCUUUGCAAGACUCUGUCCUGGAGACCAGUAUGAGAUCUUCAUGCGUUACGGUCGUCAGAGGUGGAAGCUGAAGGGAAGGAUUGAGGUGAACUCCAGACAGAGCUGGGAUGGAGAUGAAAUGGUUUUCAUGCCGCUUAUCACUGACCUCAUCAACAUCAAGGUGACGGAGCUGAAGGGCCUGGCCACUCACAUGCUGGUGGGGAGUGUGAUCUGCGAGACCAAGGAGCUGUUCACCGCCAUGCCUCAGGUGGUGGCUGUGGACGUCAACGACCUGGGCACCAUUAAACUCAACCUGGAGGUCAUGUGGUAG